GAACAGUUCUAGAACUGAACUGAAAGAAUCAUCACAAAGAGACUGAAACUGACCAAUUCCAUAACAACAUUUUCUCCUGAAGUCUUAAGUUUUUCUCAUGGGGAAUAUACCCAGGAAAGGAAGCAGAGACCUGGUGGUUGACAGUGCCAAGCCCCUGGAAGAUGGCCCAUCUGCAGCACUUCACUCGAAACUCUAUGAAGCCAUCAUGAGAGAAGACUGCACUACGAUUGAGGUACUCCUGAGAAAUCACCCUGUCAACCAGCCCAUCACCAUUCUGCCCAACUCCACCAGCAGCAGAUUACUUCUGACCCAGCCGACAGAGUCUAUCAUCCCCAUCCAUCUGGCUGCCAAGUACCACAAGGCCCAGAGUCUGCUCUGCCUGUUACGGCACGGCGCUGACCCAGAAGUCAGGGACACGACAGGCCUCACCACACUCAACUUAAUGCUACUGCACUGGCCAGUCACUUCCACCACGUGGGCAAAACCAGGCAACAGAAUGCACAGGAUCCUGACAGACAUUCAGAAUAGCAGCAUCACAUGUCUCCGCAUCUUGUGUGCGCACGGAGCUCAAGUUAACGCUCAAGGGGAAAUCAGCAACAAACGUUCACCACUCCACCUGGCCAUAGCAUAUGGUUGCUAUCCAGUUCUCUCCAUUUUGACCCAAAAUGGUGCCGAUGUCAAUGCUAUUAAUGAAGCCAGCAUGACACCCCUUCACAUGGCCGCAAACAUGCUGAAUAAGGAGAUGAUGGAAACGCUCAUUGCCUAUGGAGCAAACGUCAACUGUGCUGUCUCUUCCACGGGGAACACGCCCCUGAAGCUUGCAGUGUGCACUGCAUCAAGCAAAGCAGGCCGACUCCUCGGGGCGGGGGUCAGCUGCAUCCGUCUGCUGCUCACUCACGGAGCCAAAGUCAACGCCCAGGACUACAAGGGCCAAACCGCCAUCCAUGAGGCAUGCUUUGGAGGCAGAGAGGCAAUCAUCAAUCUCCUGCUUGAAUUUGAAGCAAAUGUUAACAUUUUAACAAGAAACGGGGAAUCUCCAAUUUAUAUGUACCUUCAGCGCAGUUUCAAUGUAAGAGAUACAGCACUUCUGGCCAGGCUACUUUAUCACACUUAUCCUCUGAGAAUGACCAAUAACCAAGGAAUUCUACCUGCAGGAAUCAUGCUACCAGAAUUCCGCCUCUUAAGGGACACCCUAAUAAAGCAAUCGCAAAAACCUUUAUCCCUACAGGGUAUCUGCAAAAGAAACAUCAGGAAUAUUUAUGGUGAGAAAUACAAACAGCACUUGAAGCAAUUCCUCCCAGUGACAAUAUGGAAUUCUGUCUACUGCUGUUAUGACUUGGCAUAUACCUCUUGAAAUAAGACCUCCCAGUUUCACAGCAGAGGGACUUUCAGCCACUCAAACUGCAUUUUCUGGCUAGACAUGUCCCAGAAAAUGCUUCACCUAUCACCUGUGACAUCCCAAAUGUACAAACUACUGAUUCUUGAACAUGUUCCAAAAUACAAAGUGACUUGCCUAUUAA